GAGCCGAGGCGAGUCGGCAGCGGGCGGUGUCGAGGGAGGCGGAGGCUGGUGCCGGUGCCCAGCGGCUGGAGCGGCGAGAGCCGGGCAACCCGCCAGCGAGGACGCGGGAAGGAGGAGUAGUGUGAGCUCGCCCGUGCGAGGAGCCGGUGCCGAGCCGCAGCCAUGGGGAACCGCGGGAUGGAGGAUCUCAUCCCGCUGGUCAACAGGCUGCAAGACGCGUUCGCCGCCAUCGGGCAGAAUGCCAACCUCGACCUGCCGCAGAUCGCCGUGGUAGGGGGGCAGAGCGCCGGCAAGAGCUCCGUGCUGGAAAAUUUCGUCGGGAGGGACUUCCUGCCGCGUGGAUCUGGCAUCGUAACCAGGCGCCCGCUAGUCCUGCAGCUGGUGAACGCCAGCACUGAAUAUGGUGAAUUCCUACACUGCAAAGGAAAGAAAUUCACUGAUUUUGAGGAGGUCCGUUUGGAGAUCGAGGCUGAAACGGAUCGUGUUACCGGCUCCAACAAAGGCAUCUCCCCUGUGCCCAUCAAUCUUCGAGUCUACUCUCCCCAUGUCCUGAACCUAACCUUGGUGGACCUACCAGGUAUGACAAAAGUCCCAGUAGGAGAUCAGCCUCCUGACAUCGAGUUUCAAAUUCGAGACAUGCUCAUGCAGUUUGUCACCAAAGAGAAUUGCCUCAUCCUGGCAGUAUCCCCAGCCAACUCUGAUCUGGCUAAUUCUGAUGCCCUGAAGAUUGCCAAGGAGGUGGAUCCGCAAGGGCAGCGCACUAUUGGAGUCAUCACCAAGCUGGAUCUCAUGGAUGAAGGAACCGAUGCGCGAGACGUGCUAGAGAAUAAAUUACUGCCUCUUCGCAGGGGUUACAUUGGCGUAGUCAACAGAAGUCAGAAGGACAUUGAUGGCAAGAAGGACAUACAGGCAGCUCUGGCUGCAGAGAGAAAAUUUUUUCUCUCCCACCCAGCCUACAGACACAUGGCUGAUCGCAUGGGGACCCCCUAUCUGCAGAAAGUACUGAACCAGCAAUUGACCAACCACAUCCGUGACACCCUGCCGGGGCUGCGGAACAAGCUCCAAAGCCAGCUGCUCUCCAUUGAGAAGGAGGUAGAAGAGUACAAGAGCUUUCGACCUGAUGACCCUGCUCGCAAGACCAAAGCUCUCCUUCAGAUGGUCCAGCAGUUUGCUGUGGACUUUGAGAAACGCAUUGAAGGCUCUGGAGACCAAAUUGAUACCUAUGAGCUGUCAGGAGGAGCGAGGAUUAACCGCAUCUUCCAUGAACGCUUCCCCUUUGAGCUGGUGAAGAUGGAGUUUGACGAGAAGGAGCUGCGGCGGGAGAUCAGCUACGCCAUCAAGAACAUCCAUGGUAUCAGAACCGGUCUCUUCACACCCGACAUGGCCUUUGAGACCAUUGUGAAAAAGCAGGUGAAGAAGAUUAAAGAGCCUUGCCUGAAAUGCGUGGACAUGGUCAUUUCGGAGUUAAUCAAUACCGUUAGACAGUGCACCAAGAAGCUCAGCCAGUACCCGCACCUGCGCGAGGAGAUGGAGAGGAUUGUCACCACCCACAUCCGUGAGAGAGAAGGCAGGACCAAAGAUCAGGUCAUGCUCCUCAUAGACAUUGAGCUGGCUUACAUGAACACAAAUCAUGAGGACUUCAUUGGCUUUGCCAAUGCUCAGCAGAGAAGCAGCCAGAUGAGCAAGAAGAAGGCAGCUGGCAACCAGGAUGAGAUCCUGGUCAUCCGAAAGGGCUGGCUCACCAUCAACAACAUUGGGAUCAUGAAGGGUGGCUCCAAGGAGUAUUGGUUUGUCCUGACAGCAGAGAACCUCUCCUGGUACAAGGAUGAUGAGGAGAAGGAGAAGAAGUACAUGUUACCAGUGGAUAACCUGAAGCUGCGUGAUGUGGAGAAGGGCUUCAUGUCCAGCAAGCACAUCUUUGCUCUCUUCAACACUGAACAGAGGAAUGUUUACAAGGACUACCGGCAGCUGGAGCUGGCCUGUGAGACCCAGGAGGAGGUGGAUAGCUGGAAGGCUUCCUUCCUUCGUGCAGGAGUCUACCCAGAGCGUGUUGGGGACAAGGACAAAGCCAGUGAAGCAGAGGAGAAUGGGUCAGACAGUUUCAUGCACUCCAUGGACCCUCAGCUGGAGAGACAAGUGGAAACGAUCAGGAACCUGGUGGAUUCCUACAUGGCAAUUGUCAACAAAACCAUCAGAGACCUCAUGCCGAAAACAAUCAUGCACCUCAUGAUAAACAAUACCAAGGACUUCAUCCAUUCGGAGCUGCUGGCCAACCUGUACUCCUGUGGCGACCAGAACACGCUGAUGGAGGAGUCUGCAGAGCAGGCCCAGCGGCGUGACGAGAUGCUGCGCAUGUACCACGCCUUGAAAGAAGCCCUCAACAUCAUCGGGGACAUCAACACCAGCACCAUCAGCACCCCCAUGCCCCCGCCAGUGGACGACUCUUGGCUGCAGGUGCAGAGCGUACCGUCUGGACGCAGGUCUCCUACGUCCAGCCCCACACCGCAGAGGAGAGCUCCUGCUGUUCCCCCCGCCAGACCUGGGUCUCGAGGCCCAGCUCCUGGACCACCUCCUGCUGGUGGGGCCACGCUGGGUGGUGCCCCCCCUGUGCCCUCCAGGCCAGGUGCCUCUCCUGACCCCUUUGGACCCCCACCUCAGGUUCCUUCUCGGCCUAAUCGAGCUCCUCCUGGUGUUCCCAGCAGAAGGGGCCCUGCCUCACCUACUCGACCCACCAUAAUCCGACCGGCUGAACCGUCCCUCUUAGAUUUAUAACUCGAGGCUGUAGACAGCUGGUGCCGAACGCUGUGCUGGUGGCUUCCCCAUCCCACCCUCCCUGCCACAGUCACUCCUCUCAUCCAUCACACAUCUCUGCCUCCCUUUCCUGGUGUGUCGUACAGCCCUAGCCUAGCGAUUGAGCUCUUCGUCUCCACUCGUGUGUCUUGUAUUGCUUUGUGAGCCUAGAGUAGCCUCAUUCUGUGGCGUGGAUCCCUGCAGAGCACAGGCUCCACAGAGACAGCAGCCACAAGGGAAUCUUAAGACCAAGUGCUGUCUGCCCAUCCAGUAAUGUCAUCUGCCUGGUCUAGCCUAGAUAAGUGUCCUGCCUGCAUCAGUUAGCUGUAGCACCUAGGACCGAGCUGUAGCUGUUUUCUUUUCUCGUAGUUAAGAAGACAAAAGUGUGGCUUAGGCAAAAAAAACCUCAACAAAACAAAACACGUCAUAAUGUGACGUCAUUAGGAAUAGGUUCAAUGUUCUUUGUAUUAGUUUGACUUCUAAGGUGCAAAAAUUCACACUGGGAACAGUGCAAUCAGCCUUCUAUCAAAGCGGGGCAGGGAGGCAGAGCAGGGGAAGCUCAAUGGACCAGCUUAGUCCUGCUAGAAUGAAGGCCAAGCGCCCGCACCAGGUGCAGGCUGCAGCCGGACCUGCCCACGUGCGGCUCCCCAGUGGCUGGGGAGGUCUCCAUUGCGACAGCGCUGGCUCCUGCCAGCAGUUGUCUUGCAUCAUCAUCAUUUUCGGCUGGCUUACCUGAACUCAGCAGGGAGAGGGGAGUAGUGCAGAGUCCCCCCUUGCCAACGGACUGCUGAAUGUUUUCAGGGAGUUGGCUGUGCAGGUUUUGGUGGAAGUAUUUCUGCUCUGAGCAUAUCCCUUGGUGAUCCCUGGGUGCUGUGGUGACUGCUGCCCUAGCCUUUUCGUCUUGCAUGUGUAUCUGUUUGGAAAACUUGUAACUGUUGUUGAUUUAUGAGGUUUGGAUUUUACUUUUCAUGCUACAUGUGUUUAAAAAAAACCCAAACAGCUUGAGAAUCAAAAAUCUGUCACCCUGCACAUCUCUGGCAGAGCUGAAUGAGGCACCUGUGUCACAGGCUUUCAGCCCAGCCUGAUUCACAUUUAAGAUACCUUACUUCAGUGUUGCUCUCGAUUUCUGUUGUGGAUCCUCUGUUGUGCUGAUGCCAGAUCCUUUCUGUAUUUUAAUGAUUGUUUUACUACUUCUCCCCCUUUCCCUUUUCUUCUUUGUUUUUCUUGUCUCUAAACUCCAGCCGGCCGGGUAAGGCCAGUCCCUCCCGCCCAGAGAGCCCAAAGCCACCAUUUGACAUGUAGGCUGCUCCCUCUGAGACUCUUUGCCUGCCUCUUAGCUCUUCUGUCCUGGAAUGGUCUGAUGCGAACCUCACACAUGGCUUGUUCUGUCUGUAUCUUGUGACACACACAUAUCAAAUGUGAUUGUAGUGAAACUGGGUUUGGUUUUUGUUCUCUUUCUCCCAGCUGCUUAAAGGAGUUAAGUAUAUUGUAGUAAUGAGAAACAUAUCUGUACUGUUAUAAAUAUAUAUAUAUAUAUAUAAAUAUAAAAGAUGAAAAAUCUAUGUCCAGGUGUUUAAAGCCAUUUGUGCUUCCAUGUGGAUCUUAGGAAAUACUUAAGUAGAGGAAGAAUAUCUAUAGACAUAUAUAUAUAUCCACACCUCCAAAAGGUAACCAAAUCCCAAUGUUGCGUUUUUGAGCUGAUUGUUAAAUUCUCUGCUGUGUGCAGUUGGGUUGUUAUUGUACUGCCCCAGACUCGUGGAUGAACUGUGUCGGUGCUGGUAGUAGCUGUGAUGCAGUUUGUGAUCUACCUGUCACUCGUUUAUUGGAUGAAAUAAACCUAUCAUUUCUGUACAAGGAAGGUCUCUAUAACUAGAAUAAAAUCAAACCAUCUCUA